AUGGUUGGUGUCUAUUUUCUGGACUUUAUUUCUGGACAAGGUGAAGCUCUGACUGGCUUUGAGAUCUCUAUAAGCAAGCCCACGAAGACAAGCAACCAGCAUGACGUCUCCGGGCCUAGUUCUCCAUUCUUACGUACUUGGCGUUGCACUCUCCUUUUUCCCGUGGAAAACCCGCAUCUUAUCGCAGACAAGUACUGGAAUGAUAGGGUGUCCUGGGACGAGAGCGUUCUACGAUCGGAAGUAAUGGAGGAAUUGAUUUCGGAUCGUGUUCAAAUUCAUCGAAUUCUCUUCAACGCCUUACCACCUCAACCGGCUCGUGAAUCGCGCCUCCUUCGUGGGCGACAGAUUCUGGUGAAGACGAAGGGUGCAGAUUCGGAUGCAGAUGAAUUGGUUGUAGGAGUCGCGAUCGUCAGCACUUCAGUAAAUCAUGGAGUCGUGGUACCCGAGGUGCCACAGGAACUCCUCCCCUCGGCCCACUUCACCAAGGAACAUCUUCUUAUUGAAAGAAUUACCGAUCACUCGAGACCGUUUUGCCGUGUCACGCUUAUUUCAGAGGCUGAUAUAAAGGGCUUCUCUCAGGAAUGGUACACUAACCAAUGGGGUCAUUACCUUCUUCGAAGACUUUUGGCUCUGCGUCACAGCUUUGCUCAACACUCCGAACCCGUCCAAGGCCUUAACUCCUCUCCUCCUUCUCUUCCUGCGGCAAAGCAAACCGAAUCUUUCGCCUAA